UAUCAGAAUCAAAUUUUGAAUUUUAUUUUUCUUCGAGGAAAACUUGGUGGUAUAUGUUUACACAUAGUCACAUAUUAUCAACGUUUCAGUGAGCAUAUAUAACUUUUGAAAAAUGAAUGGGAUUAUUCCUGAAAUGGAACAAAUUAUUAGUCAACUUGAGAGGGGUACUGUAGUAACUAAGUUUUUCCCAAGAAAACGACCAGAAAAGAAAACUCUUAUGAUACGAAGAGAAACUAGGCAGAUUGUAUGGUCAAGAAGUACAACAUUCAGACCUUUUGAUGGUUCAGUGGAAAUAAGAGAAGUUAAGGAAAUAAGAAUAGGAAAGCAAUCAAAAGAUUUUGAAAAGUGGCCAGAAGAUGCUAAAAGAAUUGAGAAUUUGAGAUGCUUUGUUAUAUAUUAUGGAUCAGAAUUUAGAUUAAAAACUCUUUCUAUAUCUGCUCUUAGUGAAAAAGAAUGUGAAUUAUGGGUUAAAGGAUUACGUCAUUUAGUACAAGAUACCAUAACUGCACCAUAUCCUUUACAAGUAGAGAGAUGGCUUAGAAAAGAAUUUUAUGCCAUGGAAAGUUCCCGUGAAACAAUCACUAUGAAGGAUAUAAAAGCAUUUUUACCUAGAGUUAAUUGUAAAAUUGCCACAAAUAGACUUAGAGAGUUGUUUCAAGAAGUGGAUGUAAGAAAUCGGAAUGAACUGGGCUUUGAUGAUUUUGUUAUUCUAUACCACAAACUAAUGUUCGAUCAGAAUAAUCUUGCGGAUUGGAACAAAUUAUCAAGUUACUCCCAAACUAAACAGACUGUUACUCUCCAUGAAUUUCAAAACUUCUUAAUAACUGAACAACAAGAUGACUUAGGCAACAAUGAGUUAGAAAUAUCGCGUUUCAUUAGGGAGUAUUUACAAGAUCCCCAAAGAGAUAUACAAGAACCGUAUUUUACUUUUUCAGAAUUUAUUGAUUUUUUGUUUUCCAAGCAAAAUGACAUAUGGGAUCAAAAAUUUAAUCAAGUUUCUCAAGAUAUGACUCUGCCUCUUGCAUACUAUUGGAUAGCGUCUUCGCAUAACACGUAUUUGAUGGGAGAUCAGAUAAGCAGUGAAAGCAGCUGUCAAGCUUAUGUACGUGCGCUAAGAGCAAGUUGUAGAUGUAUUGAACUUGAUUGUUGGGAUGGUCCAGACGGGAUGCCAUUUAUAUUUCAUGGACAUACUCUCACUACUAAAAUUAAAUUCUUGGAUGUUAUUAAAACUAUUAAAGAACAUGCUUUCGCUACAUCCGAGUAUCCUGUAAUUUUGUCUAUCGAGGAUAAUUGUACUUUACCGCAACAACGUAAAAUGGCGACGACUAUGCAAGAGAUAUUUGGAGACAUGCUUUUAGUUCAACCCGUUGACAAAAAUGAAACUUUUCUACCUUCUCCAUACGCAUUGCGUAGGAAAAUUUUACUAAAACACAAAAAACUUCCCGACGGUGUCGACGAAUCAUCAUUUCUUGUCCGAAAUGAUGAAAGCAGACAAGAAAUGGAUCUCAGAAAUACUGUGAAAAACGGGAUUCUUUAUUUGGAAGAUCCUGUUGACAGAGAAUGGAAUCCUCAUUUUUUUGUACUAACACAACAGAAGUUGUUUUACACAGACACGUUUUCUAAAACACAAGACACUGAACAUGAUGAUGACGAUGAAAGCAGUAUUCGGAGAUCGUCAGAUGGUGCACCAAAUGAUGAAUUGCAUUUCGGGGAGAAAUGGUUUCACGGAAAAUUGGCGAGAGGAAGGGAGGAAGCUGAAGAAUUGUUGCAACGUUAUUCUUAUCUCGGAGAUGGUACUUUCCUCGUACGGCAAUGCGUCACAUUCGUGGGUGAUUACUGUUUGUCAUUUUGGCGCAAAGGAAAAGUGAAUCAUUGUCGUAUCAAAUUGAAACAAGAAAUGGGACAAACGCAAUAUUAUCUCAUCGAUACCAAUUGUUUCGAUAGUUUAUACAGUUUAAUUAUUCAUUAUCGUAAUCAUCCGCUUAGAAGUCAAGAGUUUUUAAUCACCUUACAAGAACCAGUGCCUCAACCAAAUAAACAUGAAGAAAAAGAAUGGUGGCACUCUGAAUGUACUCGAACUGCGGCAGAAGAGAUGUUAAAACGGAUACCAACAGAUGGCGCGUUCCUAGUAAGACCUAGUGAAAGGGAAAAUAAUUGCUAUGCAAUUUCAUUUAGAGCAGAAAAGAAAAUAAAGCACUGUAAAAUAAAACUUGAAGGAAGACUGUAUACUACUGGAACUGUACAGUUUGAAAGCUUAGUCGAAUUAGUGAAUUAUUAUGAACGGCAUACAUUGUAUAAAAAAAUAAAAUUAAGCCAUCCUGUCAAUCAGGAUAUUAUCAGAAGGAUGGGGUUGGAUAAUGAUGAUGGAUCUGUUUAUGGUAUCCCAGGAUAUAUGGAUCCGACAAGUUUCACAUCAAAGGUUACGGUUAAGGCUAUUUAUGAUUAUAAAGCUAGAAGAGACGAUGAAUUGACAUUAGUCAAGCAUGCUAUAAUUACUAAUGUCAAUCCGCAAAGCGGAGGUUGGUGGAGAGGUGAUUACGGUGGCAAAAAGCAACAUUGGUUUCCCGCUAAUUAUGUAGAACAAAUCGAUCAACAAGAGAAUCAGAGUGAUUCAGCAGAUUCUAUGAUGCUUGGUAGCUUGCAGAAAGGUUCGUUAGAUAUAAUGGGCGCUGUAGUAGAAUUAACUGUUUGCCAAGAAAGGGCAGGUUUGGAAUGGAUGUUAAGGAUACAAAAUCCUAGUAUGUGUUCGGUAUUUGAAGUUGCAACACCUUCAAAAGACGCCGCGUUGGAAUGGAUGUCCAGUAUCAAAGAGACUGCACAAAAUGCAAGUGUUAGGGAGAAUCAACACAAAGAAAUGGAAAGGGCAUGGAGAAUAGCUAAGGAAAUGUCCAAUCUUAUAGUAUAUUGUAGAUCAGUUGCAUUUAACAUAGAGAGGAUAAAAACUAGGGGAUUUACAUUUAAUGAGAUGAGCAGUUUUCCUGAGACAAAGGCUGAGAAAUUGAUGUGUCAACAAGAGAACAAAUUUUUCAUGAAAUAUCAUCAGAUUCAAUUCAGUAGGGUUUACCCAAAAGGACAACGUAUCGAUUCGUCUAAUUAUAAUCCUGUGCCAAUGUGGAAUUCUGGUUGUCAGAUGGUAGCUUUGAAUUAUCAGACUGGAGAUAAAUCGAUGCAAAUAAAUCAAGCUAAAUUUAGAGAAAAUGGCAAUUGCGGUUAUUUACUAAAACCAGAAUUUAUGUGCAGACAUGACUUUAACCCGUACGACAAAAGCUUGUUGUACGGAAUUGAUUCACUCAAGAUCAAUUUGACAAUUAUCGGAGCUAGACAUUUGAUGAGGUCGGGAAGAGGCACUGCCAGUCCAUCCGUCGAGGUCGAAAUAGUGGGUGCGGAUUUUGACUCGGGGGUGAAAUUGACGACAAAAACUAUACCGGAUAAUGGAUUUAAUCCGAUGUGGGGUGAAACGUGCGAAUUUGAAGUAUUUAAUCCAUAUUUCGCUCUUAUAAGAUUUUUAGUGCAGGAUGAAGAUAUGUUUGGCGAUAGUAACUUUAUAGGACAAGCUACUUAUCCGGUACGAUGUUUAAGGACAGGAUAUAGGAGUGUCCCUUUGAAAAAUAUGUACAGUGAAGAUCUUGAGCUGGCUUCUUUAUUAGUACAUAUUAAAAUUAUGCAUUCGUCAGGGCAUAUAAUGGAUACAUAAAUCAACGAAAAAUUAAAUCUGCGCCUCAAAAAAUAUAUAUAUAUAUAUAUAUAUAUAUAUAUUCAAUAUGUGAGUUAAUAAAGCGCUUCCAAAAACAAAGUACUGCAGAUACAGAAUCUUCGGAAGUUUCGUAAGGAUAAUGCCAAAUCAUGAUUGCUCCGUCGGCACUGGUUGUUACUAUAUGUUUAC